CCAUCCCUAGUUAUCGCUGUGUAUGAUUACUGGCUUAAUAAGCGUGUUCAGUCAAGGCAACCUCUCCUUUACGCUGUUCGACAAGAGCGACGUGACGGUGGUAGUAACACGGAUCCAUAUGUGGCGUUCCGAAGACGGAGUGAAAAGAUGCAAACCCGUAAAAACCGAAAAAGUGAUGAGCAGUCGUACGAAAGGAUGUUGAUCUUAAGAGAACAAAUGGAUUCUCUAGGGGAGAUACUCGGUCGACUUGUCAAACGUGAAGCUACAAAGGAAGCAAUUGUUAACUGUGAUUACAGAUGCUUUCAGCUUAGAUGUAAGCUAUGCGACUGGGAAGGCUCAAGUCUCGUAGAAGCCGAAACUUUAGUGCGGAACCAUCACGAGGAUGAAGGUGUAGUAACUAUGAAGUCUUUGAAAGACAACAAAAGACGUCCUAAUCGCAAGCGCAAACUGGUCAAGAGGUUUAGCAAUCUUCCAAACUCCACAAGUUCCGACGAGGCUUCUGACAAUGAUGAUGAUGAUGAUGAUCAAAGUGGACCAUUCUCUUUUGUUAGAACUCCUGGUUGCCGAUAUUUGAAGCCAAGGUCAUUGCUAGAAGAGUGUUCCACACUUUCCAGUCUCCAUCCUUCCCGCUCACCUUAUUCCUGCUAUACAUUAGCAACAAUUCCACGACUGUGUCAUACAAAGCAUCUUACCUAUACCGGCUAUAUAAGGCGUCGCCUUGGUCGUGGCGGUCGAAUAAUAUGUGAUCGCGUUGCAGCCCCCUCGCCACUUUCUGCUUAUCUCCAGUCCUAUGAUGCGGAUUUGAGAUCUAGUGGUUCAGCUAGUCCAAGUCUUACACCCUCAAACUUUUGCUGGCGACAGUCACAAACAAAAGAUGUUGCUUUGUUUAAUAGACUAAAGACUUCUAUUUUCAGUUCGCAUCGUGAGCGUCCUUCAUUCUCCUGGCCUGUUUCUGAAACUAUCUUCCCACCAAUACCCUUCGAACCUAUACUUAUUGAAUCUAAAGGUUCCACGGAUCAUCGUUCCUCUCCCAUUUUCUACUCGAAGACGGAUUGUCCAACAACUUCGAGGAAGCAUCCGGAUGAUGUGACCAUAGAUGAAGUUGCUCUGGACGCGGGACGUGAGUUAAAUGAUGUUCCGAAUGACGGUUUGUUGAUUCAGGAAAAACAUUCUCCCUUGCACCCUCAGAACGAUCUAAUGCCAAAGAAAUCAGUUAAUGUAUCGUCCGCGGUUAUGGUGAGCCUUUUUUAUUUGUACUCAUUUUUGGCUUUUUGAAGGUUUUAUCUUUCUGAUUUUGAGAAGUAUUGUCAUAUGGCGUUUACUCAGUAUAAUUUUAGUCAGUCAUACGAUGUAACUGCUUUGACGAUUAUUCAUUUGUUCUAUCCAAAUUAUCAGAUAUUGUGACAAAUUAUGAUCUAAGUUAUUAAUUGGUUUUACAUUAAUGAUGGCUAAGACCUUAACAGUUUCUUUGGGCUUGCUUCAUACAUAUAUAGAUUCCCAUCACGAAUCCAAAUAUGUGUCAAACCUCCCAGGCCAUAUUGGUGCCGAAGCCUAGCAAUAGUUUGGUAUCAACUCAUCGCCUGUGGCGAAAGCUGGCAAGGCCAUACGGUGUUACACUUCAGCCUUCUGAGUUUCCCAGGUCCCGUAGUGUUGAUGUUUCUUUCAGUAAUUCUAAUGGUAACGGCCUUUCUUCGACGGACAAUAAAAUGUUGCUGACCGAUCCUUCAGUCUUGCCACCACCUAAAGUACGCUGUUUAACUCGUGACUGUGGGUCUAGGGAUUCAAAAGUUCCUGGUCCUCAGCUGCAUGUUACGAAUGGAGUGAGCCCAACACAGAUUUUUCAGCUUCCAACUUAAUCUUUCGAACUUUGCAAUAUGGAAGUUGUCUUUUUUAUAGUUCGUUGUUAGCAUUUAACUAAACUCUUCUCAAGUAUUACCUCAUUAUACCUUUUGUGAACAGUUUAUUUGCAAUCCCAGUGGUAUGAUCUUGUAGCUUUUGUAAAGCUUAUUAUUAUUGCGCUUCUGCGCUUCAGUUGUACAUAGGGGUCUUCACGGCCACCCCCUUUCAUUUUCCCUGUACACUUUCCCCUUCGCUCCAACGAGCUUGUACAUUUUAUUGGCGCAUAGCGUCGUAUGUCAAUUGAAUCAAUGCAUAAUCUGAAUGAAUUGUUUUCUUUUUUAUGUAGUUGUGAUAAAUUUGUUUGUACCUUGGUA